AUGGGUCUUGAAUCGACUGCCCACCAUGGGGAGGCUAUUACCCCAGCUGAGAAUUCCAGUGCAGACACCUCCUUCCAAAAUAGCCCCAUUCAGAAGCCAAUGCGCCCGGCCGGAGUUGAUACCCCGAUCCCACGCAUUACCCUGAGGUCCUUGGUCAUGGCUCUCUUCGUUUCAAUGGGUGGUCUGCUUUUCGGUUACGAUACCGGCCAGAUCUCCGGCUUCCAAGAGAUGAGCAACUAUUUGCAACGCUACGGUCAGCUCAACAGCCAGGGGGAGUAUGCUUUCAGUGAUACUCGUUCGGGUCUGAUUGUCGCUAUGCUCUCCAUCGGUACUCUCAUUGGUGCCUUGGUGGGCGCUCCCGUUGCCGACUUUAUCGGCCGGAAGUGGUCGAUCUCGGUUUGGUGUGUUAUCCUCAUCGUCGGUUUGAUUGUCCAGAUCACUUCUCCGGAUGGACACUGGUGGCAGAUGGUCGUGGGUCGUUGGGUCACUGGUCUUGGUGUCGGUGGCUGCUCCCUGCUGGUCCCCAUGUACCAGGGUGAGAGCUCUCCGCGUCACAUUCGUGGUGCCAUGAUCUCCUGCUACCAGCUAUUUGUGACUCUGGGUAUCUUCCUUGCCUACUGCAUUAACCUGGGUACACACAACCUUGAUGGAACUGCCCAGUGGCGUAUCACUCUGGGCCUGACUUUCCUCUUCGCUUUGAUCCUUGGUGGUGGAAUGGCUUUCUUCCCGGAGAGCCCGCGUUACGAGUUCCGCCAUGGCAAGGUCGAGAGCGCCCGGCAGACCUUGGCUAAGCUGUACGGUGUUCCUGAGAACCAUGUUCGGAUUCUCGAGGAGAUGGAAGAGAUCCGUGAGCAGUUUGAGGCCGAGUCUCAGGACCAGGUGUGGCACGAGUUCCUCACUGCCCCUCGCAUGUUGUACCGCAUUGUUCUCGGCAUGGCCCUGCAGAGUCUGCAGCAGCUCACUGGUGCCAACUACUUUUUCUACUAUGGUACCACUAUCUUCCAGGGUGCCGGUAUCUCCGACAGCUUCAUCACCCAGGUAAUCCUGGGUGCCGUCAACUUCGGUACUACUUUCGGAGGUCUAUACGUCGUUGAGAACUAUGGACGUCGCAAGUCUCUCAUCUUCGGAGCUGUGUGGAUGUUCAUCAUGUUCAUGAUCUUCGCCUCCCUGGGUCACUUCAUGCUGGACAUCGAGAAUCCCGAGAACACACCCAACGUUGGCAAGGGCAUGAUUGUCGUCACCUGUCUGUUCAUUACCGCUUAUGCCAUGACCUGGGGUCCCAUGAUUUGGGCUAUCGUUGCCGAGCUUUUCCCUUCCAAGUACCGUGCCAAGGGUAUGGCCCUGGCCACUGCCUCCAACUGGGCUUGGAACUUCCUCAUUUCCUUUUUCACCACUUUCAUCACCAGUGCUAUUGACUUUGCGUAUGGUUAUGUCUUCGCCGGCUGCCUGUUCGUCGCUGUCUUUGUCAUCUACUUCUUCGUCAUUGAAGGCAAGGGUCGUACGCUCGAGGAGCUGGACUACAUGUACGUGAACAAGGUCGCUCCAUGGAAGAGCAGCAAGUUCGAGUUCCCACAGCAGCACCGUGAUUGGAAUGCGGAUGAGAACCCAUCCGGGCGCAAGGAGCAGGAGAUGUACCAUGCUGAGAACGCAUAA